GGGUAGCUGAUGUAACGUCAAAUUGAUGGCAAUAUCUCAGCCCUCCAAGAUCACAGUCUCCGUGACUUGUGAAUAAUCUACGAGGAAUACUUUGUCAUUCUGCCUUUGUUGGACACGUCACCUCACUAUGGCCUUUCAGGCAAGUAACCAUGGCAACCCUACUGCUCUUCAUCCCACAGGGUUCCAUGAGUCGGUGGGCAGCGAUGCCCAGAGGCAGCAGGCGUCUGAUAUCAUGAAUCCCUCAAAGCCAAGGAUCGGGUUGCUUUCUCAGACAAUAGUACCAAGCCCCAUUAUAAAAUUUGCACUGCCUGCUAGGCUGCGCAGCCGGCGUCAUAAUGAUGUUGUCUUCGUCUAUGAAAGGUCGUUGCUCGUCCGUGAAAUCAUCAUGGACACCUACCUAGAAGAUGUGAAGGUCAAUUCUGAUUUUGACGCCAAUGUAGUCGCUGCAAAAACAGUCAAUAUUGAUGAAGAUUCUGGCGUGAAAUCGGAGAUCAAGCUAGAUUCCGAGUGGGGUUUCUUGCAAGAGAAUAGACAAUCUGAUACCUUGCCAGGUCACAUACUGGUUCUGACACUUGAUUCAAGGGAGCUACUGUUCCUUUACUGUCAUAACACCUCCCCUGAGAAUGAUAUGCGCUUUGUUCACUUUCGCAGAGCUUUGCCGUCAGAUGUGAGCAUAUCCGAGAGGUUUGGCCGCCACCUGGCUGUUGAUCCUAGGUCUCGCGCAGUGGCUGUUGCAGCUCCUACAGACUUUUUCGGUGUCUUCAUGCUCAAACCACAAGAAGAACUUCGAUUACAACUAAAGGAGGGCUCGUUAAGCCCUAUUGCUGAAGUAUGCUCUCGAGUCUCGUUUAUCUUACCCUUUUUCUCACAUAAGACAACACAGGAGCGAUUCUAUCGGCUGGAAGGGCACAUCCUGUUCAUGGAUUUUCUAUAUCCCUCCGAAGAGCAGAAUGACACCAUUAUUCUUCAGCUCAUAGUGGCUCGAGGACCUGAUACUCAUGCAGUGUCAUACAUUUGGGAUACCAAAAAAGGGAUUCGGCAGGCACGGUCAAAACCCGUAAUCCAUCAGCUUCCUGACUUUUGUAGGUUGCCAAAUUUACUCAUUCCACUCACAAAGUCCUCAUCUUUUCUACUCGUGACACCUUCAUUUAUAGUUUUCGUUCCUAACGCUCUGGGCUCCAAACUCAAAAUCUCGAAACAUCGUUGUUAUGACCUGAUUUCAAAUUCUCCUUCCAUAUGGGCGAAAUGGGCUCGUCCAUACAGACAUUCAAAAUACGACAAAUCCCACGACGACGUCUUCUUGUGCAGAGAAGAUGGGCGUCUAACCUACGUUGAGAUAGACAACAAAGGCAACCUCGGGACUAUCAAUGUAAUCGGACAGUUGGAUUGCGACGUGGACGCCGCCUUUGAUACGAUUGACUUCAACCACCCUAAUCAUGGUGGUGAUCUACUUAUCGCAGCAGGUAAUACUGGACACGGCGGCUUGUUCAUUCAAAUCGCAAGACAGAAUCCAACAUGUGUGCAGAGAUUCGUGAAUUGGGCACCCGUUUUCGACACUGUCAUAGUCCCACCAGUUCAAAGAGAUGCAAGCAAUGAAGUACAUAUCAUGGAAAACGUGAACAACGAUCUUAAGAUAUAUGUAUGCUCAGCAUCGUCGAGCAACAGCGGUGCCGUAUACGAGUUUCGACAUGGUAACGAGGCUCAAAUUGGUAUGAUUAUUUCUCUGGAAGACUUUCCUGCGGCACAGUCAAUCUGGGUUAUCCCAGAUAUGACCCAGGAAGGGACGUAUUUCUUGAUUUCCGAUCCAAUGUCUUCAGUAUUAAUGCAUCUUUCCCGGAAUGAGGGUGACGACGGUGAGGAUAUUUAUGCUGUUGAUGGUUCGGAUUUGGCCCUUGACCUUUCGGUGCAUACCUUAGCGGCAGGCCACACGUUAACUGGGGUUCUGGUGCAAGUCACUCCAAAUACCGUACGGUCAAUGCUGCUCAAUAAAUCCCACUUGAAUUGUGUGUCAAAUUUCCCAUUAGAGCAAACUGCUUUCGUUGCCACUGUCAAUGAAGAAUCGGGGCUGGUCGCCGUUGUUCUAAGAUCUGAGCAAGGCAUAACUAUUCAGGUUGGCAAGGUAAUGCUGAAUGACGACUCACUUAACAUCGAUUUCACAGGAACGACGGUUGAUGUUGGAUAUGAGCCCAUUUCUAUCACGGCCGAGACUCUGAAAGAUGCUACAUAUGUCUUUGUCGGCACAAGCGAUGGACGUAUUGCUUAUUACAGAAUCGAGCAGAAUGAAAUGGUCCGUGUUGGAGAGUAUAUGCUCGUAUUGCCUUACGAACAUAUAUCAAAGGCUAUAGAGAGCAUUACUUUGGUUGACUGGGUCAAAACGGGAAAAGCAGUGAUUUACUGUGGUCUUCGGAGUGGUUUGCUUGUUGCUCUUGACGUUGUCUUCGAAACAAUGAGUAUCAACCAGUGUAUUGAAACAAGAUUCGGCCAGACAGCUGUUAGGCUCUUGAAAAAAGAAAGCUCGAUACUGGUCACAUGUGGAAUGGGCUUCUGGUGCAUUUCAGAUAUCAGAAUAGGAAAUGCGUCUGACUUUGAUCUCCAACGGAUCUGGAUCACUGAUCAGAAUAAUUCUACCUAUACCCAGAAAAGCAUAGAGGGUUUUACAAUCGUAAACUCAUCCCAGUCGCCCUCUUCAAACACAUUAGGGGGUUCUUUGGUUUGUAUCAGCGACAAGCAACUUCUUGUUUGCAGCUUGGACAGUCGCGCCAAAGCUGUGCCACGUAUGAUCGAACUGCCUGGAACUGUCAAUCGAAUCGAAUAUUCGGCACAUCUGAAGUGUCUUGUGGUGGCAUACAUCACAACCGAGUUGGAAAAAGACUCGGCACCAGACCCGGACACGAGCAUUGUCAAACGAUACAUGCGCCCUCACUUGAAUUUCCUGACCUUUGACACAUCUAAUUCCCACUUGCUCUCAUAUCAACAUAACCUUGAAUCCCUCGGUUCCUCACAAUCUCAAAAGCCAGUUGGAUCGUCCGGUGAGCGAAUAACAUGCAUACUUGACUGGAUCCCCGAAACUGGUGGACACAAAUACCAUUUCCUUGUGAUUGGAACUGCGCGAAAGACGCAAGAGCAGAAAGGCCGUGUGGUCUUCCUCAACGCGAAACGAAAUCCAACAAACUCUGAACAAAUCGAUUGCUCAUUGAAGUAUAUACACAGUUUCGAUGGCCCUGUUCGUGCUGUUGCUGCCUAUGGCGACUCCACCGUUAUGGUGGCCGCGGGCAAUGACAUUAUCCCAAUUGCGCCGCGAUUACCAAAUGAUGGAGAGCAAUGGGCAGCCUCGGCGAGAUUCAAGUUGACCUCACCGGGUGUCUCUAUCACAGUACGGGGUUCAUUGCUUUAUGUGAGCACGGCAAGAGAAUCACUUGUGAUACUGCAAGUCGUGAAUAAGAAAUUAGAGCUAUAUGCUCAGGAUGGAGUGAGGCAUGAAAGCCUCUCUCAUCAGUACAUGGGCGGUGACCAUAAAUUGACUCUUGUCAGUCAUAGAGGGGGCACGAUAAGCGCUUUUUCGGAAUCCGGUGUUACUGAUAUGGAUAAAAUUAUUUCUCCUGCCGUCGCUGAAGCUCAUUUGCCUCUCUCAAUCAUCCGGCUUAAUGCCUUUGGAGACCCGUCUCUCCGAAGUCCUUCCUCCUCCUCAUCAGUUGUAUACGGUACUACGAUGGACGGCGCGAUUUAUCGAAUCUCAAUCUUGACCGAAAAAGAAUGGCGCCUCCUCCGCUUCAUCCAAAACCUAUGCAGCAUGGAUCCAACCAUAUCCCCGUUAUUAUCUGCUCAAAAACGACGCUGGACAUGGGCCGAUAUCGAGCCUCAAGUGAAAAAGCCUUCUUCCAUGCAUGUCGAUGGGGAUAUAUUAUCUCGGUUACUUCCUAAGGGUACAGAUUAUCUUCGAAGAAUGCUACACAGUGAUCAAGAGGAGGCGGCUUCAGUUCAUUCGGAUGCUGCUGCUGUUAUUCCACUGCCGAGGACUUAUAUAGAAUUUUUCAACAAUUUGUCUGACGAUGUUUUUGUUGACGGAAUUGCUGAGAGAGAUAGAUUGGAUCAUUUGAUGACGUGGUUACGGGGAUUACUUCGGCAUCGAUUUUGAAAAUUUUCAAGCUAACCACGCGUUCCGGGUACCUGUUUUAUACACACUUCUAGAUUAGUUUUCAGCUUUAGAGUCGGUUUAGCGCCUUUAUGAAAAUGCAAGCUGCCUGUUCUGCUGCUUCACUCAGGCGGCAGAUGGAUUGUUGG